AUGUUCCCUCUGGCUGCCGCUGCCUACUCGAAUGCCCCAUUUGAAUGCGCAUUGAAUGUCUUCGACGAACGGAUAUCGGACUUUUGGAUGCAUGAUGAAGAAUGCGACAAUCGUGGCAAUCACUGCUUUGUAUUCGCAGGCGUACUGAGGAAAAGCAAGGCGAUAGUUAUUAGUUUCAGGGGCACAGAUAGUUCCAGUCAGCUGUGGCAAGAACUGGUCAACAAGGGAUAUAUGAAUGCGUGGCCUUUCGGAAAAGGAAUAGUGUCUUCAUACUUUUCCUUUGCUUUCAUGAGUCUAUGGAAUGGCCAUUUGGAUCACCACUUCGAGAUCAUGCACGAAAAAUACCCUGACUAUGAAAUAUGGGUAACCGGCCAUUCACUUGGAGGUGCCAUGGCGUCUUUGGCAGCACACUGGAUCAAAAACGCGCACCAAAUCCCAGGAAACAAGAUAAAGUUGGUGACAUUCGGACAGCCUAGAACGGGCGAUGAUGAGUACAGCAAACAGUUUAAUGCAGAUGUAGGUUAUUACAUUAUCUUAUUUACAUCAGUUGCUCUUAACUAA